AUGUCGCAGCUCCCACCACCACCGCCCCCAGGCUGGGGACCUCCUCCUCCUCCUCCUCCUCCAUCUUCAUCGCUUCCUCCUCCUCCUUCUACGCCGGCGCCGCCGCCACCGGGAUAUCGACCUCCUACCGAUCCUCAGGUUGCGAAGUUUGCACAGAAGAAGAAAGAAUGGAUUAGAUCUCAGCGCAAUCGCUUCGGCGAAAAGCGCAAGGGAGGGUUUGUGCAGACACAGAAGGCCGACAUGCCGCCUGAGCAUCUCCGGAAGAUUGUCAAGGAUAUUGGUGAUGUUUCGCAGAAGAAAUAUACGAACGAUAAACGAAGUUAUCUCGGAGCCCUCAAAUUUAUGCCACAUGCGGUGUUGAAGCUCCUCGAAAACAUGCCCAUGCCUUGGGAGUCGGCUCGUGAGGUCAAAGUGCUCUACCAUGUCAAUGGAUGCCUGACUCUUGUCAACGAGAUUCCCCGAGUCAUUGAACCUGUCUUCUUCGCGCAAUGGGCCAUGAUGUGGACGUUUAUGCGAAAGGAGAAAGCCGAUAGACGACUAUUCAAGCGCAUGCGAUUCCCACCCUUUGAUGACGAGGAACCUCCGCUGUCGUGGGCCGAGAAUUUGGAAGAUGUUGAGCCUCUCGAACCAAUUCAGAUGGAACUCGACGAAGAGGACGAUGAAGCCGUGUACGAAUGGUUUUACGACCACAGACCCCUUCUUGACACACCGCACGUGAAUGGGCCAAGCUACAAGUCAUGGAACAUGACACUCCCCCAGAUGGCGACUCUGUUCCGUCUGAGCCGUCCUCUUGUAUCCGACGUUGUCGACAAGAACUACUUCUAUCUCUUCGACCUUAAGAGUUUGUUAUCAGCCAAGGCUCUUAAUGUCGCCCUUCCAGGUGGUCCUCGCUUUGAACCGCUGUAUAAGGACAUCGACCCCAACGACGAGGAUUUCGGCGAGUUCAAUGCCAUCGACCGCAUCAUUUUCCGAAACCCCAUCCGAACCGAGUUCCGAGUUGCUUACCCGUACCUUUAUAAUUCGUUGCCGAGAAGUGUUCACCUCUCAUGGCACUCACAUCCUCAAGUUGUAUUCAACCGAGCAGAUGAUCCUGAUCUGCCGACGUUCCAUUUCGAUCGCCGUAUCAACCCCAUAUCCUCACGAACCGUCGCACCCAAGAAUGUUGAAGUUUCUCACGAGGAUGAAAUAUUUGGUGCUGGUAACAUCGAAGAGCCCGAAGAGGACGCUUUCGAACUGCCUGCCGGAGUUGAGCCAUUCCUUGCCGAUGAGGACAUUGAGAAUGAGGACACAUCAUCCGCCGUUGACCUUUGGUGGGCGCCUUACCCCUUUGACAGGCGAUCCGGACGCAUGGUUCGAGCACAAGACGUACCGCUCGUAAAACAGUGGUACCUUGAGCAUCCCCCCUCUGAUCGACCUCCUGUCAAGGUCCGAGUGUCGUAUCAGAAGCUUCUCAAGAACUUUGUUCUCAACGAGCUUCACAAGAAGAAGCCCAAGGCACAGAACAAACAGAAUUUGUUGCGAUCCCUCAAGCAAACCAAGUUCUUCCAGCAGACUACCAUCGACUGGGUCGAGGCUGGUCUGCAGGUCUGUCGCCAGGGUUUCAACAUGCUUAAUCUCCUCAUCCACCGCAAGAACUUGACUUAUCUUCACCUGGAUUACAACUUUAAUUUGAAACCUGUCAAGACCUUGACUACCAAGGAGCGCAAGAAGUCCCGUUUCGGAAACGCUUUCCACCUGAUGCGUGAGAUCUUGAGAUUGACAAAGCUUAUUGUUGAUGCUCAGGUGCAGUACAGACUGGGCAACAUCGACGCCUUCCAGCUGGCUGAUGGUAUUCUGUACGCAUUCAACCACGUUGGUCAGCUAACGGGUAUGUACCGAUACAAGUAUAAGCUGAUGCACCAAAUCCGAACUUGCAAGGACUUGAAGCAUCUGAUCUACUACCGAUUCAACUCUGGUCCUGUCGGUAAGGGCCCAGGUUGCGGUUUCUGGGCGCCCGCCUGGAGAGUUUGGCUUUUCUUCAUGCGAGGUAUCAUUCCUCUGCUUGAGAGAUGGCUUGGAAACCUGCUGUCUCGUCAGUUUGAAGGUAGACACAGCAAGGGCGUUGCUAAGACUGUUACCAAACAGCGUGUGGAAUCUCACUUCGAUUUGGAACUUCGAGCAUCUGUCAUGGCUGAUCUCAUGGACAUGAUGCCCGAGGGUAUCAAGCAGAACAAGGUCAACACCGUUCUCCAGCAUCUAUCUGAGGCCUGGAGAUGUUGGAAGAGCAACAUUCCUUGGAAGGUCCCUGGCCUGCCUGCACCCAUUGAGAACAUUAUUCUCCGUUAUGUCAAGUCUAAGGCAGAUUGGUGGAUUUCAGUCGCCCACUAUAACCGUGAGCGUAUUCGACGAGGAGCCACUGUCGACAAGACCAUUGCGAAGAAGAACGUCGGUCGCUUGACACGACUUUGGCUUAAGGCUGAGCAGGAACGUCAGCACAACCACAUGAAGGACGGUCCAUAUGUUUCUUCGGAGGAAGCCGUUGCUAUUUACACUACCACUGUGCACUGGCUCGAGUCCCGCAAGUUCUCACCCAUUCCCUUCCCCAGCGUUUCUUACAAGCACGACACCAAAAUCCUCAUUCUAGCCCUUGAACGUCUGAGGGAAGCUUAUUCGGUUAAGGGCCGCCUCAACCAGAGCCAAAGAGAAGAGCUAGCUUUGAUCGAAGAGGCUUACGAUAGUCCUGGUACCACAUUGGAACGUAUCAAGCGUUUCCUGCUCACGCAGCGAGCUUUCAAGGAAGUCAACAUUGAUAUGAACGACAACUACAGCACGAUCAACCCUGUUUAUGACAUUCAACCUGUGGAGAAGAUUAGUGAUGCUUACCUGGACCAGUACCUGUGGUAUCAAGCAGACCAGCGACAUCUUUUCCCUGCCUGGAUCAAGCCCUCAGACUCUGAAGUCCCGCCCCUUCUUGUCUACAAGUGGGCUCAAGGCAUCAACAACCUUGAUGGUGUCUGGCAGACUGAGAACGGCGAAUGCAAUGUCAUGAUUGAAACAGAGCUAUCUAAGGUGUAUGAGAAGAUGGAGCUUACACUUCUCAACUCCCUCCUUAGGUUGAUUAUGGACCACAACUUGGCGGAUUAUAUCACAGCCAAGAACAACGUUCAACUUACUUACAAGGACAUGAACCAUGUCAACAGUUAUGGUAUGAUCCGUGGUCUCCAAUUCUCGGCAUUUGUGUUCCAAUUUUACGGUCUGGUCUUGGAUCUUCUUCUUCUUGGACCUCAGCGAGCCAGUGAGAUUGCCGGUCCUCCUCAGAGCCCCAACGACUUUUUGCAGUUCCGUGAUCGCGAGACCGAGUCAAGCCACCCCAUCCGACUUUACACUCGCUACAUUGACAAGAUCUGGAUUCUGCUUCGAUUUACUGCCGAGGAAUCUAGGGAUCUCAUCCAACGAUUCCUUACUGAGCAACCUGAUCCUAACUUUGAGAAUGUUAUUGGAUAUAAGAGCAAGAAAUGCUGGCCCAGAGAUUCUCGCAUGCGCUUGAUGCGUCAUGAUGUUAACCUUGGACGCGCUGUCUUCUGGGACAUGAAGAACCGACUUCCCCGAUCAGUUACAACGAUCGAAUGGGACGACAGCUUCGUUAGUGUCUACAGUCGUGACAACCCUAACUUGUUGUUUUCUAUGUGCGGUUUCGAGGUUCGCAUCCUUCCCAAGAUUCGAAACCAAAACGAGGAGUUCCCCGUCAAAGACAGCGUUUGGUCUCUUGUUGACAACACUACCAAGGAGAAGACAGCCCACGCUUUCCUGCAAGUCACCGAGGAGGAUAUUGCGAAGUUCAACAACCGCAUUCGACAGAUUCUCAUGUCUUCUGGUUCUACAACAUUCACCAAGAUUGCGAACAAGUGGAACACUGCGUUGAUCGCCCUCUUCACCUACUACCGUGAAGCCGCUGUUUCCACAGUCGACCUGCUUGAUACCAUUGUCAAGUGUGAGACCAAGAUUCAGACCCGAGUCAAGAUCGGCCUGAACUCCAAGAUGCCUUCUCGUUUCCCUCCUGCUGUCUUCUAUACCCCCAAGGAACUUGGAGGUCUUGGUAUGAUUUCCGGUUCUCACAUUUUGAUUCCUGCCAGUGAUAAGCGCUGGUCGAAGCAAACCGAUACCGGCGUCACUCAUUACAGGGCAGGAAUGACCCACGAUGAGGAGACCCUCAUUCCAAAUAUUUUCCGAUACAUCAUUCCUUGGGAGGCUGAGUUCAUUGAUUCUCAGCGUGUCUGGACUGAGUAUUCUCAGAAACGACUUGAAGCCAAUCAGCAGAAUCGUCGUCUUACUCUUGAGGAUCUUGAGGACAGCUGGGACCGUGGUCUUCCUCGAAUCAACACCUUGUUCCAAAAGGACCGAAGCACCCUGAGCUUCGACAAGGGUUUCCGAGCACGAGCUGAAUUCAAGAUCUAUCAAUUGAUGAAGAAUAAUCCUUUCUGGUGGACUAGUCAGCGUCAUGACGGAAAAUUGUGGAACCUGAAUGCGUACCGAACCGAUGUCAUCCAAGCGUUGGGUGGUGUUGAGACCAUUCUUGAACACACUCUCUUCAAAGCAACAGGAUUUCCAUCAUGGGAAGGCCUUUUCUGGGAGAAGGCGAGUGGCUUCGAAGAAAGCAUGAAGUUCAAGAAGUUGACCAACGCUCAACGUUCGGGUUUGAACCAAAUUCCUAACCGUCGCUUCACACUGUGGUGGUCACCCACCAUCAACAGAGCCAACGUCUACGUCGGUUUCCAAGUCCAGCUCGAUUUGACAGGUAUUUUCUUGCACGGAAAGAUUCCUACGCUCAAGAUUUCUUUAAUUCAGAUCUUCCGAGCACAUUUGUGGCAGAAGAUCCAUGAGUCCGUUGUCAUGGAUCUUUGUCAGGUGUUUGAUCAGGAACUGGAAUCUUUGGGCAUUGAAACUGUUCAGAAGGAGACAAUCCAUCCUCGAAAGUCGUACAAGAUGAACAGUUCUUGCGCCGAUAUCCUUCUGUUCUCUAACCACAAGUGGAAUGUUACUCGGCCAUCUUUGCUCUACGACACCAAGGACGUGAUUGAGCAGACAACCACCAACAAAUUCUGGAUCGACGUCCAGCUCCGAUACGGCGAUUACGACUCUCAUGACAUUGAACGAUACACGCGUGCCAAGUACCUUGACUACACUACUGACAGUGCCAGUAUCUACCCUUCUGCCACUGGUCUCAUGGUUGGAAUCGAUCUUGCCUACAACUUGUACUCCGCCUACGGCAUGUACUUCCCUGGCUUGAAGGUUCUCGUCCAGCAGGCAAUGGCCAAGAUUAUGAAGGCCAACCCUGCUCUGUAUGUCCUGCGUGAGCGUAUUCGAAAGGGUCUUCAGCUUUACGCGUCCGAGAGCAACCAAGAAUUCUUGAACUCCCAGAACUACUCCGAGCUAUUCAGCAACCAGACACAGUUGUUCAUUGACGAUACCAAUGUUUACCGUGUUACUAUCCACAAGACGUUCGAGGGUAACUUGACCACCAAGCCCAUCAACGGUGCCAUCUUCAUCUUCAACCCGCGAACUGGCCAGCUGUUCCUUAAGGUCAUCCACACUAGUGUUUGGGCAGGACAAAAGCGUCUUGGUCAACUCGCCAAAUGGAAGACUGCUGAAGAAGUUGCUGCUCUCAUCCGCUCAUUGCCCGUGGAGGAGCAGCCCAAGCAACUGAUUGUGACAAGAAAGGGUCUCCUAGAUCCCCUUGAAGUCCACUUGCUUGACUUCCCCAACAUCUCCAUCAGAGCAUCUGAGCUUCAGCUUCCUUUCCAGGCAGCUAUGAAGAUUGAGAAGCUUGGUGACCUGAUCCUGCGUUCUACCGCACCUCAGAUGGUGCUUUUCAACCUGUACGAUGAGUGGCUGAAGAGCAUUUCUUCUUACACUGCCUUCUCUCGUCUUGUUCUUAUCCUGCGUGCACUCCACGUCAACCCUGACAAGACGAAGCUCAUUCUCCGUCCUGACAAGACGGUUAUCACACAAGAGCAUCAUAUCUGGCCGUCACUGCCGGAUGAGGAGUGGAUCAAGGUUGAAACGCAGCUCCGAGAUCUUAUCCUGAAUGACUACGGAAAGAAGAACAAUGUCAACGUUUCAGGUCUGACAACCAGCGAGGUGCGAGACAUUAUCUUGGGUAUGGAGAUUUCAGCACCUUCCAUGCAACGACAACAGGCUGCCGAGAUCGAGAAACAGCAGCAGGAACAGGCGCAGUUGACGGCUGUCACAACCAAGACACAGAACGUUCACGGAGAGGAGAUUAUUGUGACUACCACAUCGCAGUUUGAACAGCAAACCUUUGCUUCCAAGACCGAGUGGCGAACACGGGCCAUUGCUACAUCCAACUUGCGCACACGAGCGAAGAACAUCUACGUCUCGUCUGUCGACAACGAUCUUGACGAUAUUACCUAUGUCAUGCCCAACAACAUUCUGAAGCGCUUCAUCACCAUUGCAGAUCUCAGAGUGCAGGUGGCUGGCUACUUGUACGGUUCCUCAGCGCCCGACAACGAUCAGGUGAAGGAGAUCAAGUGUAUCGUCAUGAUCCCACAGGUUGGUGGACUACGCAAUGUCCAGCUGCCACAGCAGCUCCCUCAGAGCGAGUUCCUCGAAGGCAUGGAGCCUCUCGGUGUCAUCCAUACUGUCUCUGGUAGCGAGUUGCCUUACAUGUCUGCUAUGGAUGUUACUGAACACUCCAAACUUCUCGAUGCCCAUAAUGAGUGGGAUAAGACGAACACUGUGACGGUCUCAGUGGCAUUCACACCGGGCAGCGUGUCUCUGUCAGCUUGGGGACUUACACCAGCUGGCUACAAGUGGGGAGCUGAGAACAAGGAUACGCAGAGCGACCAGCCGCAGGGCUUCACUACAACAAUGGGCGAGAAGCGCAAGCUGCUGCUCAGCCCGCGGUUCAGAGGAUUCUUCUUGGUGCCGGAUGAUGGCAAGUGGAACUACAGUUUCAUGGGUAACGCGUUCAAUGGCAUGGAGAAGAAGCCGGUCCAUGUUAAGCUGGAUACGCCGCUACCAUUCUACAGCGAUCAGCAUCGGCCUGUGCAUUUCCACAGCUUUGCAGAACUGGAGGAUAUUUGGGUGGAUCGAUCGGAUAACUUUGCUUAA